AUGGUGCAACCAAACGACUCCAAAUCUGCCGAGCCUGAAGCAACCACGGCGUCGGAGCCAAUGGCCAAGACGUCGCCCAGCUCAGGCGCAGCAGAGAAAGAAGCCGUCAUUGACGUGGCCAUGCCGUACGGGACUCGCUCCCGUAACAGGACAGCCGGUUCUCGCCCCAACUAUGCCGAGGACAAGGACAUUGAGAUGGACAUGUAUGAUCACUACCCUGACAAGAAAGACAGCGACGCCGGCAAGAAGUCAUCGCGGCAGGUGAACGGCGCCAGCAAUGGCGAGGCGCCUCGCACCAACGGCAGCUCGCGCAAGAAUGCCAGCGCUGCUGCUGCCGCCGCCGCCGCCGCAGACGACUCCAAGGCGGGCUCCAGCCAGAACAGCGCCCAGGACGCAAAAUCUGGCGGCACCAUCCACGCAUCGCAGGCGGCGUCAGGAUCGGGUACGUCGCAGGCCUCACGGAAACGCAAGGCGGCGGCGAACCAAAGCGGCGGCGGCACCGCAGCAGCGUCGACUGCCACCUCGGCGGCCGCAACGCCCCCGGCCACGUCUUCGGCGGCCAAGAAGAACGCCCUCGCGGCUCAGAACCAGCUCCAAGGCCUGACGUGGGCCGAGUCCAACAUGCUCACGUUUGAGACGUGCAAAGGCAUGCCGGACAAUGGGCGAAUGGUGGCCGACGAUGGCACGGUGCUGGAGGCAAAUGAUCACGUCUAUCUCGUGUGCGAGCCUCCCGGAGAGCCCUACUACCUGGGCCGCAUCAUGGAGUUCAUGCACGCCAGCAACGACGCCGCCCGGCCGGUGGACGCGGUGCGCAUCAAUUGGUUCUAUCGCCCCAAGGACAUUGGGCGCAAGGCCAGCGACACGCGGAUGGUCUUUGCCAGCAUGCACUCGGACAUCAGCCCCUUGACGGCCCUGCGCGGCAAGUGCCAGAUCAGGCACCGGCUGGAGAUUGACAACAUGGACGACUACCGUCGACAGCCCGACAGCUUCUGGUUCGAGAAGCUGUACGACCGGUACAUCCAGAAGAACUACGAUCUGAUUCCCACCCGGCUCAUUGUCAACGUGCCCGAAAAGGUCAAGAAGGUGCUGGACGAGCGCUGGAAAUACGUGCUAGUCGAGCAGGGGCGUGGCAAGGAGCUGACUAGCGCCGUUAAGCUCUGCAAGAGAUGCAGUGGCUACUGUGCAAGCACGAACCGGCCUGUACCGGGCCUGUCCCUGGCCUCGUCGAUUGGUACCUGGGGAGCCGGGCCCCUUAUUGGCACGACGGCCAAGUACCUACCCGGCCAGGGCAGAGCAGACGAUGGGUGCAGCGGCCAACUGACACCCCCCUCCCAUUCCAUCGUCUCCGCCUUUCUGCCCCCCUCCCUGUCUUUGCCCAAUGACUCAGUUGACUGCGCAGUAUGUCUGCACACAUACCACAUGAACUGCGUCAAGCCGCCGCUGCUCAAAAAGCCCUCACGUGGGUUUGCUUGGUCCUGCGCUGCGUGCAGUCGUGCUCAGGAGCGCAAGCUGGAGGCCCGUCACACCCCUAACACGGUUGAUACCGCGGAUCUCGACGAUGAGCCUCUGGACGAGGAUGAAGACGAUGUCCAUGGCAUCCAGACCGACAGGACAAGCCCCGCCGACGAUGAUGAUGCGCCUCACCAGGGCACCGCGGAGCAGAUUUACCAGGCUAGCCUGUGGCCGUGGCGUUAUCUCGGCAUGCAUUGCAAGCCGGAGGAUGCGCUGGAUUACGAUGACCGCAUUUACCCGCGCGCAGGCACCCGCAUUGGGCCCAGGAAUCAGGCUUCUGUAGGGCCGUGGCCUGGCCAGCCCGUACAGUAUGUCAAGCCUCUGGAGUUCAAAAAGGGCAGCAAGAAGGAUCAGAAGCUGCUCAAGGAGCAGCAGGAGGCCGAAAGGGCUCGUCGUGUCCAGCGGCCGAAGUGGGUCCAGGAUCAGCCACCCGGAUACGUCGCUCGCGGCGAAGACCUGGACGAGAACGAUCCCAACUGCACAGCCGUGUUGCUAUGGAAGCCGCCGCCUGCGGGCGAGCCGCCCGUCGAGAAGAUCAACGACUACGUUGCCGACGCCAUGAGCAAGGCCAAACAACUGGACCUCCCCGAGCGUUCAACGAAUCUGCGCGAUGUGGCGGUGGAAACUCUGUUCCGCGAGGGCUAUGAUCCGUCCAAGGCUCUCUCUGCGCUUGUCAAAAAGCCCAGGGCCGAGUUCAAAGAGCCCAGCUUCACCCCCGCCGAAUUGAAGAAGUUCGAAGAGGGUGUGUCGAAGUUUGGCUCCGAGUUGCAUCUCGUCAUGAAGCACGUCAAGACCAAGUCGCCGGGAGAGAUUGUUCGGCAUUACUACGUUUGGAAGAAGACGGAGCGAGGGGCGCAAGUUUGGGGCAGCUUCCCGGGCAGAAAGGGGAAGAAGCAGGCUAAACGCGAAGACGCCGCCGCUUCCAAGCUUGCCGAUGACGUGGCGCACGACGACGACGACUCGGCAUUUGACGCAGACAAGGCGGCACAAAAGAAGCGCAGCUUCAUCUGCCAGUUUUGCAAUACUACCAACGACCGACAAUGGAGGCGGGCGCCGAAUCCGCUGCCGGGACUGGUCAAUGAGCAGGGCCUCAAGGGCUCCGGCAAAGACAAGGCCGGGAACCAAUAUGUCGUUGCCCUGUGCCGACGCUGCGCCGAGCUGUGGCGCCGUUAUGCCAUUCGAUAUGAGAUGAUCGAAGAGGUGGCCAAGAAGGUUGCACAGGCCGGUGGCCGCGCGUGGAAGCGCAAGCAGGACGAGGAGCUCCUCAAGGAGCUGCAGCUCGCACAGGAAUUGGGCUAUAUGACGCCUGAACGAGCCCCGACGCCUUCCAAGGCCGCGCCCCCGCCCAGCGAAACGCAGGAGCCUCCCCGAAAGAAGCUCAAGUCUGCUGUCGACAAGGAGGCGGACGCAACACCGUCGGAAAGCGGUAGCACUCCCAGCGCCGUUCCGACUAAGAAGAAGGAGAAGGCGGUUGUGGAGCCGCCCGCCGCCCCCGAGAUGCCAAAGCCGCGGACGCUUCCAUGUGCCGUCUGCGAUCAAAUGGAGCCCAUGGGAGACCAGCACCUAUCGUGUCGAGAGUGCCGCAUGACUGUUCAUCGCAACUGCUACGGCGUUAUUGACAACAAGGUGCAAGGAAAAUGGAUAUGCGACAUGUGUGCGAAUGAUAAGAGCCCGCAAGUCUCUAUUCAAUACAAAUGUGUCUUGUGCCCCGUUGAGCACACCGAGCAUGACUUCGUGGAGUUGCCGAAGCUUACACAUCAUAAGAAGAAGAUGUCCGAGAAGGAUCGAGAGCGAGAAAAGCUCGAGGUUCAGCAGGCCCGCAAGGCUGCCGAGUUCUACCGCAAGAAGCAAGAGGACAUGAACCGCCCCGUGAACCCUCGCGAGCCGCUCAAGCGCACCGCGGAUAAUAACUGGGUUCAUGUCACUUGUGCUGUGUGGACUCCUGAAGUCAAGUUUGGCAACGCCAAGGCGCUGGAACCAUCCGAGGGCAUUCCGUCCAUCCCGAGGUCCAGAUACGACGAGAUCUGCCAGGCCUGUAACCAGCAAGGCGGAGCCUGUGUGCCUUGCCAUCACUGCCGUGCGCCUUACCACGUUGAAUGUGCCCGGCAGAAAGGUCAUGUACUUGGAUUUGACAUUGCGCCUGUCAAAAGCUCGCGGAGAGAUCAAUUCAACAUCGUGACGGUCAAUGGCGAGAGCGGGACCAUGUCUGCACUGCUGUGGUGCAAAGACCACCUGCCUACCAAGACCAUUGUCCACCGGAUCCACGAUGUGGUCAACGAGUCGGGACUGAACGCCCUCCAGCUCUACGUCCAGAACUUCAAGCAAGCCGACCUCACCCUGACAGGAACCGUUCGCAAGGCCACCUUGAUGGCGGCGGCGGCGAAGCUGUCCGGGGCUCCGAUCCAGACAGGAAACCGCCGAGCAUCCACGACGACGGCGCCCAACGGCACCUGGACUCAACCGCGCAACACCGAGGUGGUUGAUGCUGGAUCCAAUGCGCAGCACCCAGGAGAGAAGGUGUGCAUCACGUGCGGUAUAGACGUCACCCUGAGAUGGUGGCCGAUAGACACGUCUCAAGAGCGGAAGCUCACCAAUGGUCACCACGGGAGCAUCGGGUCGGAAGCACAGAAAUUUGUCGAGCAGCGGAGGUUCCAGUGUCACAAGUGCCAUAAACUGCGAAAGGCUCCUCGCAGCCCGCGCCUGACGUUGCUACCGGGGCCGUCGCCUCCGCCGCCCGCGCCGCCCGAACUCCCGCGUCCUCAGCCGUUGGAGACGAUGAUGACGCCGGUGCCUCCCCUGAGAGGUGCAACACCGCCGGCCCCCAUGGUCGAUUAUCGCGACGGGCGCCAUGCCAGCCAUCCCCUUUCGUGGCCUCAGCCGCCAAGCUCGCAUGCCAUGCCGCCCGUGUCAACUCCUCCGGCCAUACCGGCGCCGGUCCAUGCGCCUGCUCAAGUGGCAGGACAUCGCCCGCCUCCGGUGACACAUGCCUAUCCGCCUGCGCCGCUGCCGCCGGCCAGACCAGCAGCCUACAGCGACUGGGCGCCGCAUCGCCCGGGCAGCCAGCACAACUCACCUCCCCGACACCUCAACGGAGGUCCCCCGCCCCCCCUGUUGCACAGCGGUCCGCCGCCGAUGUCGAAUCUCUCGGCUCUCCGGCCGCCUGCCAUGGCCGGUCCAACAAUGCCUGGCGGCCACCAACAUGGGCACUCGUAUGCAAGCGGGCUUCCCCCAUCACCUCGGCGCAUGAGCGGGCCAACCGCUCCCGCUCCAUAUGUUCCCCCCCCUUUCCAUGGCGGCGUGGGCCAUCCUGGCCAUGGGGGACCUGUCCAUCCCCCGGCUCACCUCUUGAACAACGGGACACAGGCGCCGCCGCCGCCGCCGCCGCCGCGAACGGACGCAUUCUCACAUGGCUUACACCCCCAGCGAUCGUAUCCACCACCCACGCAUGCAAGCCCUCCCUUGCUGAGGAAUGGGCCGCCGCCUCCACCGCCGCCUGCGCAUGAAGCGCCCCCGUCGUCCGCGCCAAUGGCACCACGGCCUCCAGAAAGCAGACCGGCUACCGGCGCGAGCACGAACCCGUCUCUCCGCAACCUGCUUUCGUGA